AUGAAGAGACCCCGGAAGGAAAGAGAGCCUGGCAAAACCAUUCGAAGAAUUAAACCACCGAUUCGUAAAGGAAUGAGUGUGCUCAAUAGGCGGGACACUUCCCAGCAGGCGAAGCUCGAACAGUUCAUGACCCACUUCAACCUAGGGCGUUCAAAGUUAAUGGAAGCCGUCGAGAUAGACGAGAAAUAUGACGAUUCGUACAAGGACAAGAAAAUUCUGGUCUGCGAACUUUACAAACAGGGCAUGGACGAGUUCAAAAAGGCUGAAGCCAUAAACGUUAUGGAUGUUCCGGUCGAAAAGAGAAAAGAAGUGUCUGAGUGCAAAGAAAAAAUGAAGAAUCAAAAAACAAACGCUUGUCCACAAAUUCCUACUCGUCAGCAGCUUCUCAGAGGAGUUGAUCCAAAGUUCGGAGAACGUCUACUUGAUGAGAUGCUUGAUCGAACAGAAGUACGAUUCUCCGAUGUCAUAGGAUGUGAAUCGGCAAAAGAAGCACUGGAAGAGGCUGUCAUCUUACCUGCCUUGAAUCCAGGGCUGUUUAGCGGUCUUCGUCAGCCCGUAAAGGGUAUUCUGUUGUUUGGGCCUCCGGGUAAUGGAAAGACAAUGCUCGCGAAAGCUGUCGCAUCGGAAGCGCGACAGGUCUUCUUCAAUAUAUCAGCAGCUAGUUUGACUUCAAAGCGUUUCCCAAAACGAGUGCUACUGGAUUUGCCGGAUGAAAAGGCGCGCCGUAAUCUCCUGAAGGCGACCCUGGAUAAACACAAUAUGGCUGCAGGCCUUAGUGACUCCGAUAUAAGAUGGAUCGCAUCGCAAACGCAUGGUUAUUCCAAUUCGGAUCUCGUUGCGUUGUGUAAAGAAGCAGCCAUGGUUCCAGUGAGGAGCAUAGAUCGUAAAAAGUUGGUGACCUGUGAUGAGACGAAGUUGAGAAAUCUCAGGUGUUCUGAUUUCGAUCAAGCUUUACUGGUGAUCAGGCCUUCGUCGAACGUUCGUACCCUUCAUGCCUUAGCGGAUUUCGCUAGACGUGCCGGACAGGGAGGGUGA